CUUUCUCUUCGCAAAAUGGCGGCUCCGGCUCCGGCUGCAGCCGCGGCUCCUCCCGCGGCCGCCCCGGCUCCCAGCCCGACCUCCGCUCCCUCUACACCGACGGCGGGCGCGCCCCCCUCCGCCGCGCCCCCUCCGCCCGCCGCCCCAGCGGCACCGCCACCCUCCGCGCCGCUGUCCGCCGCGCUCUCGGGUCCCUUCCCCGGCGGCCGCGUGGUGCGGCUGCACCCGGUCGUGCUCGCCUCCAUCGUGGACAGCUUCGAGCGGCGCAACGAGGGCGCGGCGCGGGUCAUCGGGACGCUGCUGGGCACUGUGGACAAGCACUCGGUGGAGGUCACUAACUGCUUCUCUGUCCCGCACAACGAGUCCGAGGAUGAGGUGGCUGUUGAUAUGGAGUUUGCCAAAAACAUGUACGAGUUGCACAAAAAGGUGUCUCCCAGCGAGAUCAUCUUGGGCUGGUAUGCAACAGGUCACGACAUCACAGAACAUUCUGUCCUGAUCCACGAGUACUACAGCCGGGAAGCGCACAAUCCAAUCCACCUCACUGUGGACACAAGUCUCCAGAAUUCACGCAUGAGCAUUAAAGCCUACGUCAGUGCCCCAAUGGGAGUCCCUGGUAAAACUAUGGGCGUGAUGUUCACACCACUGACAGUGAAGUACGUCUAUUACGACACAGAGCGGAUAGGAGUGGAUCUCAUAAUGAAGACCUGCUUUAGCCCUAAUCGAGUGAUUGGCUUGUCCAGUGACUUACAGCAGGUGGGGUCAGCCUCAGCCAGGAUUCAGGACACCCUGGGUAUGGUGCUACAGUAUGCAGAGGAUGUAUUGUCUGGCAAAGUGGCUGCUGACAACACCGUGGGGCGUUUUCUGAUGGAUCUUAUUAACCAGGUGCCAAAGAUUUCACCAGAGGACUUUGAGACCAUGUUGAACAGCAAUAUUAAUGACCUUCUGAUGGUAACCUACUUGGCAAACCUCACGCAGUCACAGAUUGCUCUCAAUGAAAAACUUCUGAGUUUAUAAAGAAACUUCUGCCACCUUACACUUCAAAGAGCCUCAAGAGUGAGCAGAUACACACUUUUCCUCAAGAGUGAGCAGAUACACACUUUUCAUGGUGAUGUUACAAAUUCCCUUGGACCUUAACUUAAUUACCUAAACAAUUUGGUUUACAUCUUCAUUUCUGCUUCCCUGGAAAAUCCCUGACGUGGUUUAGGAAAUGAAUAGGAACUCCUGCAGUUUGGAUGAGCCCAGUAUUUUAAAAUGGAAUAAGUGAAUCUUUUGUCUUCUGGGUUUAUCUGUUUGUGUAACAAAAUACAGCUUUAAUGUAAGAAAUUAUUUGAAAUAAAGUUCAAUUGUAUUGGCAAGAAUA